ACAGCCCUGUAACACCAAGGGAAAAGACAUGUUUGUUGUAAUUGCGGGUCACUAGCAACUGGUGGCGCUGCGUCCAUUUUAUAAUUUGCAGGAAUAUGGCUGGCCAGGAAGACCCGGUCCAGCGAGAGAUUCACCAGGAUUGGGCGAAUCGGGAAUAUAUCGAAGUCAUAACUAGCAGCAUCAAGAAGAUUGCUGAUUUCCUCAAUUCGUUCGAUAUGUCUUGCCGGUCCAGGUUGGCAACCCUAAAUGAAAAGCUAACUGCACUGGAGAGGAGGAUCGAGUACAUUGAGGCACGGGUAACAAAAGGAGAGACCUUGACUUAAGUCUUAAGAACACCCAGAGGCCUGAAAAAACCAACCCGUGAUUCUGUGUCUGAAAUGCAAUCUGAAGUCACACUUUCCUGCAUUUGUUUCACAUAUAUGCUUCUACGUCUUUGCACUCUACUUGCUUGCAGGGUUAAUCACCGUAUCUUUUCAAUCUCAAAGUGGCUACUUUUGUCAUCUUUUAGCCACAGUCACACACGUUUAAAAAGUCCUAACUUCUCACAAACAUUUUUUCAUUGCAACAAAGUUUGUGAGAAAAAACUGUCAACGAUGAACAAUUACAUCUGAAGGGGUGACUCUAAUAUGGCCCCCUUUGUGGCAGUCAGUUAAUUCUUUUUUUUCCUCUAAUGGAUGUUGUUUUUAGAAUUUUUUUUUGAUUGGAAUGUCCCUUAUAUACAAAAAUGCCACCAGGAUUUGUUGGUGAUUGCUAUAACACCUACAGGGAAUCUGCUUGCAGACCUGGACAAACAAUCCUGUGGUGGAAGUCCUGUGUCUGUUUGAGAAACCUUAGAAGAAAAGACAACCAUGUCUACCAUGAGUAUUCUUUGAAGUAGGUUUCACUCAAAUACAGAACCUCCACAGGUUAAAAUUUGCACAGCAAAGUAAUGAGCAGUGAUGAUCCAAAGCACAGCAAGGGUUUCAGUCCCAAGUGCCAAGUGUAGUUUGUGCUUUUUUUUUUUUUUUUUUUUUUUUUUGGACUAUAUUUUAACACUUGUAUUCAUGUAUGAAUAACACAACAAUGUUUUUCCAUCUGUCUCAUUAAUUUAAAUACUAGUAAUAAAGAAAGUUCUUUAUUAUUAAAAGU